AUGCUUCAAACACAAGGUCGAGCACCAAUAGAUGAUUGCCAUCGAUUCUCAGAUCUACACUAUCCAGGUCAAAAACAAGUGGCAGCGCUGUCGCUUGUCGCUCUCGCACCUGCGCCAUCUCGGGGAAAGCAAAAACUGAUCGGAGAAGUAUUUCGGUCGUCACCGCCCAUUGAAGCUCAGGCCGACGGCUCCAGCACGGCGACUUUCAAAAUCGACAGCACUCCCUUCGCAGUCCAUGGCUCCACGACCAACGACAAGGUAUUCAAUAACAGCACACAAGCUUUCCGAAAAGUGAUGCUGGGAUCCGGAGGAUCCGUCGUCGGUAUUACGAGGCAGGAUGGUGCUGUCGUCUGGGACGAUGCUUCAACAAAAGGUCAGACAACGGAGGCGAAAGGUGGUUUUGAGUUCAGAACCGAGGUUCAAUUCGCAACAACGGGAAGGGCAAGGCCUCUUGUACACGGCUAG